AUGAUCUCUUACGUCAUUGUUCUAUUUUCAGAGAUGCUGUUUGGUGUAAAGAUUGUAAUAACUGGUGACACACCUCCCAAGAGUGAGAAUGCCAUCAUAAUUAUGAAUCACAGGUGCCGUUUGGACUGGAUGUUCUAUUGGAGUGCAGUGGCGCGCCAUGGAGAGCUUAAACAUGAAAAGAUAAUGAUGAAGCAUGAGCUCAAGUAUUCACCAGGUCCAGGUUAGUGUUGCGAUGUCUGUAAUUCACUUUUAGCCCUUGUCUCAACAUGUAUAAAUGAGGCCCUGCUAGGGUAAAUUCCGACAAGCGACAUGGCCCAAAAAAGUAGUGACAGCGCAUAAAAUGAAAUCACGACAAGAGACAACCUCCCUCAGUCAAAUUGGGACAGUGAUGGCAAAGCUGACAAUAAGCGACAAGCAUUUAUAAACACCAACACGAUACGUUUUACAAUUCAGACGGGCGACAUGGGACCCCCUCCCCCCCUGGCAAGGCCUCAUAAAUUUUUUUCAUGACUGUCUCUUAUACAUUUCUUAUGAUAUGAGUAAAGUGAAUAUAUCCAAAAUUAAGAAUAAUUUAUGCUUGGUUGUUGCUUCUUUGUUGCCCAAAAUAAUUAUUAUUGUUAAAUAGAGGAUAUUACAAGGCAAUGCAGAGAUACAAAAUUUUUCUUCAAGGGUUUCAAAUGUUUUACAAGUGAGCACAUUGAACAAGUGGAGUAUUUUUCAACAAGAGAAGAGAAAUUUCAGAUCUUCAAGUGGCCAUGCAAUGUUUUACUGUAUAUCAACACCAAUGAAAUACCAAACCAAUCAUCUUGAUAUUUUUUUUUGCUAGGAAAGGUGCGAUUUAUUAUGUAACCAUAGCAACAGUGAACUGUUCAUGUGUGAAGAUAAUAUGUUUUUUUUACAUGUGAAGAUAUCAUUUUUUUGCACAAAAGCUCACCUGGUAUUUCAUUGGAGUGACAUGUUAAUCAUUGACCUGAAUUGCUGUGCCCAUUCAUUUUGUUUAGUUUUUCCAGUUAUUUACUAUGAAACUUAAUAUUACUGAUCAGAGGAAAUCACCUUCUAAAUGACAAAAUCACUGCUUCAGAGUAAACAAAUAUGGCUCCCAUUAUCAUUAUCCAAUCAUUUAAAUUUAAAAACAACAGAAUCAAACGUUGGAAAAUAGAAUGAACAGAUUUCAAAACUCAAUUAUUGCAAUCAAUUUUAAUCUUCAUUCGUCGGAAAAUAUUCUGAAGUUUUUAAUACUUAGGUAAGUAAAAAUCAUUUUCAUAUAUCAGACUUUGCACUUACUAGCCCCUUUUUGAAAAAAAAAGAUUUUGUAUUAUUAACAUAAUUUGAUUAUUCAAGGGAGGUGAUUAAUCGAGGGAUGGCUAUUAUUUGAGGAAAUACGGUAAUUUAGUUUAUUAUUCUUUAAGGGAAUUAUUUUCCAUAAUUGCAGGCUGGGCCAUGCAGAAUGCUUUGUACAUUUUCUUAAAACGUCGCUGGGAGCAGGAUGAGAGCUAUCUCAACACAGUGCUCAGUUAUUUUGUAGAUUCAUCAGCUUGUUUGCAGCUUCUUCUGUUUCCAGAGGGCACCAACCUUGAAGAAGGCAGCAAAAUUAAGAGUGACUCAUUCGCGGACAAAAAUAACCUUCCAUGUUAUGAUUAUGUAUUGCAUCCUCGUGUCCGUGGAUUCACUUAUUGCAUUGAAAAACUUCGUCAAGGUAGACUAGAUGCAAUUCAUGAUGUCACAAUUGGCUAUUCACAAAACUACUGUUUUCAAGAAAUGGACCUACUCAAGGGAAAUGUUCCUGAUGAAAUUCAUUUUCAUCUUCGACGUUACUCUGACAAGGAGCUUCCUCGAGAUACGAAAGGUCUGGAAGCCUGGUGCUGUGAACGUUGGAAAGAAAAGGAAGAAAGACUGAAAAAUUUUUACACUAAAAGCAAACAGUUUGGACCCCCUCCAGAGUUGGCUAGCGAGACUGAAAUCACUGUUAGAUAUCUCUUUGUGAAAUGCUUAAUUUUUUGGGUAGCAUUCGCAGUCUGCAUUUCACUUCUGCUGUAUGCAUCUGUGCUUGCUAGAUGGUAUGUGUUAUUCAUUGGGGCUACUCAAGUUGUGCUGUCACUUUUUGGAGGAACUGACAAAAUAUUUUUACAGACACAGAAACCACUUAGCAUUAAGGCCAACUGAAGGAAUAAUUAGAAGUUGCAGCAAUUAUAGUGGGUGUAAUCCAUUUGACCUAAAUUUCUGAAACUUUCAGUCCAAAAUUAGAUGGAUCAUUUGGUACAGCUGGAAAAAUUUUGGUUGGAUUGGUCUCAGGAAAUUUGCCAUUCCAUUUGACUACAGUAAAACCACGUGACUCAGAACCAGAGUUUUUCCAAGUUAGCCUAAACAGGUUCUUAUAUAAAUUGUAGUUAGCACAAAUUAAGGCU